AUGUCAGGAACCCCUACGAUUCUCUCUCUUAUUGCAGACUCACAGAAGCAUGCGGUCAAUCCUGCUGACUCAGCUACCCAGCCUCAUGCUUCUAUCACCACCACCAACGGUUCUGCUUUUCAUACAUCCUCUCAAAAAUCUGCAUGGAUUAAUGAUUCGGGUUCUACGAAUCACAUGACAUUUGAUCAUGUCCAACUUAUUAAUCGCAAAUCAUCAACUCAUUCGAUGGUGUCUAAUGCUAAUGGUACCCCCUCCCUUGUGGUUGGUUAG